CGGGCAACUGCUGCCGCUGUCGUCCGUCCCUCUGCUGCCCGCACCUGGAGGUGGGACUCGAGAUAAACUGUAGCAAUGGCUGCUGUUUAUUCUGGCAUUUCCUUAAAGCUUAAGAGCAAGACAACUUCCUGGGAAGAUAAACUAAAACUAGCUCACUUUGCAUGGAUUUCCCACCAGUGCUUUCUUCCAAAUAAAGAACAAGUGUUGCUUGAUUGGGCAAGACAGUCACUGGUUGCAUUUUAUAAGAAAAAACUUGAACUGAAGGAAGAUAUCGUUGAAAGGCUUUGGAUCUAUAUAGAUAACAUUUUACAUAGCAGGAAAUUGCAGAAUCUCCUCAAGAAUGGAAAGACGAUUAACCUUCAGAUUUCCCUCGUCAAGAUCAUAAAUGAGAGAGUGACUGAGUUCUCUCAUUCGGGAUCCCGAAGAAACAUCUGUGCCAUCUUGAGCUGCUGCCAGGGCAUCCUCUCAACGCCUGCCCUUGCUGUCAUCUACACGGCCAAACAGGAGCUGCUGGUGGCCUUGCUGAGCCAGUUGUGCUUAUCAGCCUGUAGGCAGCCGGAAGAAGCCAUGGUGGCCCAGUUGUUUGAGGUCAUUCGCCUGGCUCUUGGCCAUUACCUCUUGAUCCAGCAGCAGCAGGUCAACCCAAGACGUGCCUUUGGGGAUGUGACCGGGUACCUGCUCCAGCCUUGCUUGGUCUUGAGGCAUUUACUCUCCGGGGGCACGUGGACACAGGCCAGCCAGGGCCAGCUGUGGCAGGCACUGAGCCGGGAUGUUAGGAGUCAGAUUGAGGCCAUGCUCCGGGGUGGAGUUUUUCAGCCCGAACUGCUGUCAUCCUACAAAGAGGAGCUCUUGGACCAGCAGCAAGAGGACGUGAAGAUGGGAGCCAUGAAGAACCUUCUAUCUCCCAUGGACACCGUGAUCAGCAAGCUGGUCAGCGCUGGCUACUGUGCACCAUCCCUCCAUGCCACUGUGGUGGCAAACUCGGUGGCCUUGCUCUAUAAGCUCUUUCUAGAUUCUUACUUCAAGGAAGGAAACCAGCUUCUCUGCUUCCAGGUUCUCCCCAGGCUGUUUCGCUGCUUGAGGAUUUCAGAGCUGCAGGAGAAGCAGGUAAAAGCCCUGUCCACGUCAGAUUGGACCACAGAACUUUUGGUUGUGGAACAGCUGCUCAACUCAGUGGCCAGCAACAAUAUCUAUAACAUUGCUGCGGACAGGAUCCGGCACGGAGAGGCUCAAUUCCACUUUUACCGCUGUUUGGCUGAGCUGCUGAUGAACCAUCCACAAGCAUCUGUGCCGGCCUGGUUCCGCUGCCUCAAGACUUUGAUGUCUCUGAAUCAUUUGAUUUUGGAGCCAGACCUGGAUGACCUGCUGGCUUCAGCUUGGAUUGAUGCAGAAGUAACAGAUUUUCGAACCAAAAAAGCCCAGGAGGCACUUAUUCACACUCUCUUCCAGACAUAUGCCAAACUCCGACAAGUACCACGGUUGUUUGAGGAGGUUUUAGGGGUGAUCUGUCGUCCAGCUGCGGAGGUGCUGAGGCAGCCUGUGCUGGCCUCAGGGCCCUCCACAGUGCUCUGUGCAUGCCUGCUGGAGCUGCCCCCAAGCCAGAUCUUGGACACGUGGUCCCUUGUGCUGGAAAAGUUUCAGUCUUUAGUCUUGCCCUGUUUGCGGAGUGAUGUUGACAUGGCCCUGAAGUCACUGUCUCUUAGCACACUGCUACACUGUGUCAUGUUCAACAUGAGGAGCCUGGACAGUAGCACACCCCUGCCCAUCAUCAGACGGACACAAUGCAUGAUGGAGAGGAUGCUAGGAGAGAUUGUGCAGCCCCUGCUGGCCCUUCUCCUGGGCCCCCCGGGCCCAGAAGUUGAGCUGUGGCUGCAGAAGGUCAGUGACUCUGUACUCCUGCUCUCUUACACCUGGGCCCACGUGGAUACCAUGUGCAGUAUGAACUGCAGCCAGUAUCACUCUGUGUCUGGGGCGCUGACAGGUGUUGCUCUGGAGAUCUCGAACCUCCCUUCGUUGCUCCCAGGUGUAGAAACACGAGUUUGGAAGAAGAUAGAGACGUUUACAGCUCAGUUCAACUCUCUCGGCAGGUAUUGCUUAGAACAACUCUACCUGCAGAAAAUGAAAAGGACUUUAAUGCAAACCAGUGUUCUAUCUGAAGAAGCCCUCCAAACUUUGAGGUGUGAUGCUGCCUAUAUUAUUGGUUCUGGCCGAGAAAGCUUGAAUCAAAGAACGACAGCUUCCUGGGAUGGCCAGGUAGGGACAGUGAGUGCACUCACAUACCCGGUAGCACACUGGCACUUAAUUGUGUCGAAUCUCACAAUUUUAAUAUCCUAUCUUUGUCCAGAUGAUGUGAGAUACCUGGCCAGUGUCCUGCUGAGAACUUUACCAAUGAGCAAAGCCCAGGAAGGCUCAGUAGAUGAAGAGCCAUACAUCACGCUUGAAAAUAUAUCCAAGGCGAUCCUUCACAGCCCCCUCUUUCCAGAGAUGCAGCCCCUUCAUUCCGCUUUCUUAAUGUGCAUAACUGUGAGGUGUUCUCGCAUUCUGUGUUCUGGUGCUCAGAGUGACCAGGGUCUUCUCAGUCAGCAGCUUCCCUGGCUUUUUGAAAAGGACCACACAGCUGUGGCUCAUUGGGAAAACAGAUUUGUAAAAGUUGGACCCGAAGGUAUAGAACCCAGAGAAGAAAUUGCUCAGAACUUACUCUCCCUGGUCAAGAGUGACUUCCCUUUCCAGUUGGAGGGAGAACAGUUAGAAAGCAUCUUGGGGCUAUUGGAAGUUAUUUCCACUCUACAGCUGGACAGCUUUUUGCCACCCCAUCAUGUACAUUAUUUUCUUAUGUUACUGUCCUUGGCUGUCACCAAACUGGGGCAUUCUUGCUCCUCCUCACUGGCCCUCAAGUUCUUGAUAACUUGCUACCAGCUUCUUGGUUACCUACAAAGGGGAAGAAGCGCCCGCUUGGUGUUCAAGACCAUGUAUGCUAGUGAUCUUUUUGAGAUCGUACUGACCUCAUUGUUCAAAGCCAGUGGUAGAUUCCUUAUUGAGACGGACGACCCCUCUUGGCUGGAACUCCUCCAAGUGAUAGGGACAUUCUUGGAGGAGCUGAUGCAGAUGCUCAUCCAAAUGAAGCUGAGCUUGGUGCUCAAUUUUGGAAAAAUCACCACAUUCCUCUCUAGUUGUAAACUGUGCACUGAGGCAGCCUCUGGCAAACAGUUGGACAGUCAGAAAGCUCUGAGCAGGCAACUCCUUCUGGUGUCUUUAACCAAGUUGUGCCAAGUCUUGGGACCUUACGUGAAGGAGGAGAAGCCGGGCCAGGAGGCCCCAGCAGCACUGGCUGAGCUGCUGCAGCAGGCCGUGCGGCAGACGGGGACCGUGGUGCAGCUCUGCUUCCCGCCAGGGACCGGGGUCCAGCACCUUCCCUCAGUGCUCAUCUCGUCUGUCAACACGCUCUUGGAAGCGGACCUGAACCCGUGCUGCAGGGAUGGCGGGGCCGAGGUUUCCCAAGUGACAGACAACACACUGCUCUCCCGCGCUGCCCUGUACCAGGGCAUCUACUCUCAGGUGCUGUCAGAGUUGCCGGCUCUGGCAGGACACGAUCAGUCUUUUCAGGCAGCCUUGCAGUUUUUAACCCUGUUCUUUUUGGCCCCAGAACUCCACCCCAAGAAGGAGUCUGUGUUUACCUCCAUGUUUCAUUCUGUGAGAAAAGUUCUUGCAGAUCCUGAAGUUCCCAUUCAGGUAAUGCAGGAAAUCGAGCCUCAUUUGGGAGCCUUGUUAACCCAAAUGUUAGAGGUCGGGACGACGGAGGACUUCAGGCUGGUGAUGCGGUGUAUUCUCCAAGGACUCGACAUCAGUAACGUGUGGAAAGCAGAUGUGCAGGCUGUUUUGUCAGCUGUUACGUUGCUCAAGCUGCUGCUGAACUGCCCACUCAGCGGAGAGAAGGCCAGUCUGCUGUGGCUUGCGUGUCCCCAGAUAGUCACGGCACUAACGCUGCAAAACCGAGAGGCUUGUCAGGAGCAGCCUAUGCCCCUCCCUGUGGUUGAGUCUAUCUUAGAUGUUCUGGCUGCGUUGCUGCGGCAGGGGGAGGAGGCCAUCAGCAACCCCCACCACGUCAGCUUGGCCUUCAGCAUCCUGCUCACAGUCCCUUUGGACCACCUGAAGCCAAUGGAGUAUGGAAGCAUCUUCCCAAGGAUGCACAAUGUGCUCUUCUCAAUCCUGCAGUGUCACCCUAAGGUAAUGCUGAAAGCCAUCCCUUCUUUCUUGAACUCUUUUAAUAGAUUGGUGUUUUCAGUUAUUCAUGAAGGGCGACAGAAAGACAAAGGAAGCACAGAUGACCUGUCCGUGGUCCUCGAGUGUGCGCGCCUGGUUGAAAGGAUGUAUAGCCACAUCGCUGCCCGAGCUGAAGAGUUCACUGUGUUUUCCCCAUUUAUGGUGGCCCAGUAUGUGUCGGAGGUACAGAAGGUGACCUUGUAUCCGGCCGUGAGGAGCCUGCUGCAGGAGGGCAUCUACCUCGUCCUGGACCUCUGCAUCGAGCCGGAUGUCAGGUUCCUGCGGGCCUCACUGCAGCCGGGGCUGAGGGACGUGUUUAAGGAGCUGUACAACGAUUACCUCAAGUACCACAAGGCUAAACACGAAGGAGAGAAAAGAUACACCGUCUAAGGCCACACCACAAGAAGUGCCAUCAGUGACAUUUUACAGAGGCAUCGGCCUCGUGGUCUGAAAGAAUUGGAGAAUGAAAGACUUCAGAUAAUCUAAUUCACAGGGUGAUAUAUAGAGAAAAUCCUUCGGGGUUUAUGUAAUGUGUUUUCAUGUAAUUUGUAUCAUGUUUUUCUUACUGAGCAGUUUUUACUUUAUCUUUUUUUGCAGUAAAUAUUGCAAUGGAAUCCUGAAAUUUCACCCUGGAAUGAGAUUAAUUCAGUAGAAAAAUUGCUGACUGUCUUGUGACCUUUCUGUUAUUUAUGUGGUUCUUGUCUUGGUUCAAGACGCUUGUUUGGCAUCCCUGUCCCCACUAGGAACUAUGUAGAACUUGUUUUUUUACUUAAAGUACAUGAGUAUACAGUUAAGUCCUAUUUAAAUAUCCUUGCUUUUAAAUUCUUUAAGUAACAUGGGAAGUGUUCUCAAAAUACCAGUUUUUCUACUUCCUUCUGAGUAUACCCUCUGACGAAGCUGGAGGAAGUUAGAGCUCCGUGGCCUGAGGCGCCUGCUCUGGGCAGGGACAGCGAGCAUCUGUCGGGCAGUGGAUGCUCUUCUAGCAACGCUGCCAGCCUCCCGCCUGCUCUUCCCGCUUCAGCUCCAUGAAACUCAUUUUGGAAUUUCUUUUUCUAUUCAGUUUAAGAAAUCAUCUUACUUGUUUUUUCUUAUUACCUAAGCAAUAUAUUUUAUUACAGCAAUCUCAGAAAAUAAAAGGUAAAAAAAAUUUAGAAAUUCAGUCAUAGUCUCAGCUACCCAGAUGACCUCUGUUGUCCCCUUGGAGUAUCUUGUUUUAUUCUCUUUGCUAUGCAUAUGUAUAUAGAUGUAUAUAUAAAUAAAUAUAAUGGUGGCUAAGUUGGAUCAUAAAUGCAUUUUUUAAAGUU